UCUUCCCAGUCGCCAUGCUGCCGGCCCAGGAGGCCGCCAAGAUCUACCACACCAACUACGUGCGUAACGCGCGGGCCGUGGGCGUUCUGUGGACCGUGUUCACCAUCACCUUCGCCGUCAUCACCGUGGUGGUGUUCAUCCAGCCCUACUGGAUCGGGGACAGCGUCAACACGCCGCAGGCCGGCUACUUCGGCCUCUUCCACUACUGCAUCGGGAACGCGCUCACCUCGGAGCUCACCUGCAAAGGGAGCGCGCUGGACUUCGGCUCCAUCCCAUCCGGCGCCUUCAAGACGGCCAUGUUCUUCGUGGGGAUCUCCAUGCUGCUGGUGGUGGGCAGCAUCGUCUGCUUCAGCCUCUUCUUCUUCUGCAACGCGGGCAGCGUCUACAAGAUCUGCGCCUGGAUGCAGCUGGCCUCCAGCACCUGCAUGGUGAUUGGCUGUAUGAUCUACCCUGACGGGUGGGACUCGGAGGAGGUGAAGCGCAUGUGCGGCCAGCGGACCGACAAAUACACGCUGGGCAACUGCACGGUGCGCUGGGCCUACAUCCUGGCCAUCAUCAGCAUCAUGGACUCACUGGUCCUCUCCUUCCUGGCCUUCAGCCUCGGCAGCCGGCAGGACAAGCUGCUGCCUGAGGACUUCCAGGUGGAGGGCAAAGAUAACGCCUAGGCCCCAAGUGGACGAGGGAGGGAGGAGACGAGGAUUUCAGGACACUUCAUUCAAAUCUAAAAAUAACUUGAAGUUCCCCGUGGAGUCGUGACGGCGCCGGUGGACGAGUGAACUCGCUUGGACCUGCAAGACGGAGCAGAUCCUCGACACCGAGGAGAGAAUCGUCUUAACA